UUUGUUGUGGUAUUUUUAUUUCUGCCAGAGUACCGAGUUUUUAUUAUAAAUAGUCCAUUUUAAAGUUUCAUUGCAAUUUUAGAGAUAAAUUAAAAUUUUUAGUGGUAAUUUAAACUCUUUCAAUAAUGACGGAAGUUCUAUCUGUCGAAGAAAAUAGACAAGAUCGAGUGGAUACGAUCCUAAGAGGCUUUCAGAUAAAUUGGAUGAAUCUCCGUGAUGCAGACACAGGCAAAAUAUUAUGGCAACAUAAUGAAGACAUGUCCAACCCUGAUGUAGAACAUGAAGCGAGGGUGCCCAAGAGAAUACUGAAAUGUCGCGUUGUCUCCCGAGAGAUGAACUUCAGUUCCAUUGAAUCAAUGGAUAGGUUUCGUCUAGAACAGAAAGUGCUCUUCAAAGGGAGAUGUCUUGAAGAAUGGUUCUUUGAUUUUGGCUAUGUUAUAGCAAACUCAACCAACACAUGGCAAUCAAUUAUUGGAUCUGCACCGGAGUCACAAAUGAUGCCAGCCAACGUGUUGAAUGGCAAUGUUGUGAUUGAGACCAAAUUCUUCGACGGCGAUCUUCAUAUAGCUACUUCCAGAGUAAGGCUGUUUUAUGUCUAAGUAUCGUGAUAUUGCAUUUAUAGGAUUUAAUCCACAACUUCUAUGCAUUUUAAACACACAGAUUGUUAUAUUCUUUAAAUGCCCAUAUCAAAUCUACAAGUUAAUAAAAAAUCACUAGCUCUUAGUUAGCACUUUCCAUGUUUUAAACCAUAUUAAAGUACUAUCGAAUUAGAAAAUCUAGAUAUAAGAAAAAAACUUUUUUCUGUCAAUUAUUGCAGCUUUUUAAUUU